AUGAGUCGUCAUGAUGUAUUUCGCACUAUUUUCAAUGUUACAAUGUCCGAUGAAGAGAUCGAUGCCAAUCUGUCGGCAAAUGGCUAUAGUUUAAACGGCUUUCACCGCACCCUCAACUCGUACUCUGCCGAUGACUCCUCACAUCGAUCCAGCUCUGAGGCGGACAGACAAUUUACCAGAAGACUUACACCAGCAGAGCAUGCAACACCUAGAACAAUUCCUAACCAACCUCACAGUCCAGAAAUGGAGAUGUAUGGGAUAUCUCCGCAUCACACUUACUUUCCAGAUGAUCACCACGUUUACAAUGUCCAUGCCAGUACAAGAUACAGAGCACCACAUCUCAUAGGUGACAGCCAUCCAUAUUCCCCUGAUUCUCUAUUCGUCGAAGGCCCUACGGAACGGCGGCAAUCUCUCCAACGGGAGUCGAUGCUUCGAGAGCUCUCCCGUGCGAUCCAAACUGCAACACACCGAAGAGACAGGCCAUCGGAAAAGGUCGUAACUCGGCAUAGUUUGGCAGUUAUUUGGAGCGAGGCUCGCCUGGAGAAAUUCAUAGACCUCGUACGGCCUGGGUUCGAUUACGGCUGGAUAGAUGAGAUUCGGGAGGACUGGCUGCAGACGCUAUCUAUACUCGUGGAUAUCGGCUGGCAGGAUUGGGGGAGGUUUGGAGACAUAUUCCUCAGACACCGCGACAAGAAUGGCAAACUGGACCGUUCAGAUCGAAUGAUCCCAAAGUAUACCCUGGCGAUUCUGGAAGAUGAUUCAUUCCUGGGGUCCCCGUGGGCUGAAAAGUUUCAAGCCAGCCAAUAUACUUUCUGUCCGAUUGACAUCGAAGAGGGCAAGAGUCUGAUGUUUUCGAAGGAAUGGAAACUUCCUUUUAUCAACGAGACAUCGGCCAGUAUUGGGACCGGUGCAUAUGGCAGGGUCACCAAGGAGAUCAUCGGAAGUGGACAUUUUCGAUCCCGAUCCGAACAUCAUCUGCCAGGAGCGCCUUACAGCAAAGAUAUUGCGGUCGCUUUGAAACAGUUCGAAGCCAGAGGUGACUUCCGCUCGGAAACCAACAACCUCGACGUACUUCGCUCCAGCCUCUCUAAGCACGAUCGCAUUGUUCCAUUCCUAGCUACCGUGACUAUUGGCAAUUCGUUCAAUAUUCUUUCCCCGUUGGCGGAAAUGGAUCUAGAUGUCUUUCUCCGCGAAGGGCAUCAAAGAUGCCCAGACUUCACGGUACGUGACCUGAUGCAAGAGGCCGCGCAUCUCGCUGGGGCGCUAGCCUUCCUCCAUCAAGGCUUGGACAGCAAUCCACCUGGUCUUACCUGUUGUCACAUGGACCUCAAGCCAGGCAACAUACUUGUGUUUCAGGGAGACUCCUUGGACUAUCCCAAAGUGGGAAAGUGGAAGAUCUCUGAUUUUGGAAUCUCGAUCAUGUCCCGACCCGAGAGAACUGGCACCACUGUUACGGAAUUUGUGGAUUCAUUCACCCAUCGAGAGCUGUCGCGGCCGCCUCCUGGUCCAUAUCAAUCACCGGAUGGCGCAGGACUUGGCCUUAAGAGCGACAUAUGGUCCUUAGGGUGUAUUUUAACUCGGGUCCUUGCGCUCGGGUUAGGGGGAACAGGUGGAAUGAUGCAACUUGACCACCUGAGGAGUACCAGCGAUGAUGGAGAAUCUCCUUACGAGAAUGACUAUUUUUACCGUGGCUCGCCUCCUGUGGUAAAUCCCCACGUCCGGACAUGGCUAUCUGGGCUGGUCGGCGGUGGUUAUAAUUACAACCCUGAAUUUCUGGAAAAAUGUCAGUCUCUGAUUGUUUCUAUGCUCUCUAUCAAUCAUGAUGAUAGACCGAGUGCUAGGGAUGUUCAAGAGCAACUGCACUACUUGGUUGAUAUUGCUCGACCGAUCGUUCCUCGUCCACCCAGUACUAACACCAGUGUCGGUGGGUCGGCGUCAAUCGGCAGUGGGUCAGACAACAUAGGGAUCAGUAACAGAGAAAGCCGCCUGAGAGAGGAACGACUAAUUUGGCAUGCGAUUAGCCUGUUAGAUGGGGACGCCAAUAUUGAGGAGCGGAUUUGGCAUGACGAUGACAGACUACUUAUACAUGUUGUUCGGUUCGGUCUCGCAUUCAAGCUUGAGAAGCUCUUGGCUCGAGAACCAGGCCUCGACGUUGAGACCCCAGACUCCAAUGGAGACACCCCUCUCAAAAUAGCCGCAUCUGCAAAGGAGCAUCACGCGUAUGUUGUCGAGGUCCUUCUCAACGCCGGUGCGAACAUUGAUGCCCCAUCACGAAGGGGCGUCACUCCACUCAUGGCAGCAUGCAGGCACGGCAAUGUGUCAGCCGUCCGACUUCUUCUCGACCGUGGAGCGGACUGCUCACGCCCUUCUCGGGAUGGCUAUACAUGCUUGCACUACGCCAUGUUUAGUGAAGAUGGGGCGAAGAUCAUUCAGCUCCUCAAGGGUAGAGUUUCAUUUAAUAUCCGCCGGUCCCAUAACGAUGAGACUCCUCUGAUCACCCUCAUCAAGCGGUACGAUGGCGCGGCAUCUUGGUGGGAAAAGUUCGGGAAACUUUUACAAGGGUUCGCGGACAUCAAUAUGGCCGAUACAAACCGUUAUACACCUCUAUCACUUGCUGUAGAGGAGGGUCGUUCGCAAUUGGCAGCCGUACUCCUCAGGGAGGGAGCAGAUCCUCAAAAAUGCGCAGCCACAAGGCCGUCGAGAGAGUGA